AUCCAUUUGUAGCAAACCCGUUCACCGUUUGAACCGACCUCUUUCUCUCUCUCUACACUCUACUCUAAAUACUGCAGAGUGUUUUGUUCGUCGCUUUCACUGCCAGCCUUUUUUUUUCUCUCUCUCACUAAAUUCUCUCGCCGACCUUCUUCAAACCCUAGAAAAACGCUUAAUUUCUGGAAGAUCCAUCGACGAAGCUCACAACGAAUGAAUUUUGAGGCUUAUCGUAGUGAGUGACCACCAUGGAUGAUGAUGAUGAUCUCUGGGGUCCGCCACGAGUUUUUGUAGUUGUGCAAGACGAUACCUUUCGUAAACAGACCGUACGUCGUUGUGAAUUUUGGUUCGAUUUCAGAACAGAUGUGCUCGAAGAAAAUUUCCAGAACGAAAAGUAUUGUGAGCUAGUUUGGAGGAUAUUGACAGAGAAGAAGAGGCAAGUUACUGAAAUUGCUGAGCUUGAGAGGGUUUCAGUUUCAGUAUCGGCUCAAAAUGAUACGGCUUCCUCUGGGAGUGGUGGUGACUUGCAUGAGAUAGACUCUUCUGAUUCUGAUAAGACUCUCAGUACUACUCUUCCAGAUUCUGAUACUAGUUCUGCUAAACUGGCUCUUGAUGACGACGAAAACACUUCUAGUAUCAGCGAUGCUCAGACUGCUCAAACUGUUCAGAUCAGAGAUUCUAGUAACGACGACACUGAAGAUAUAGAGCCUGAAACAAGAUUGAUGCCUCAUGAGACAGCAGCUAAUGAUCCACUAACAGUUGAGGUUGCAGAAGAUGCAGAUACCUCUUCUAGCCCUGUGUUGGAAAGCAAGAUUGACGAAGCUGAAGAACAUUCUUGUUCAUCCUUGGUUACUGACCAAGUCUUUGAUCCUAUAAAGCAAGCCCUCGAGAACAAAUCUUCAUCUGCUAUAAGCCGUGAGAGUAUUGGAGGUUCCACACUGAGACCAUUGCAUUUAGAGACCCGGGAGAAGGCAAAUACUACAGACGAAGAUGGAGAUAUAUUGAAGGAUCACCAGCAAAACGAUAGCUUGCAAGACAUUGUAACUGUUUCGGAACCUUUUACCACAGAGUCUCUCUUAGAAAUGUGUGAUGAACCGGACAAAGGCAGAGAUAUCCCAUGUGGUGAGAGAAGCAAAAAAUCACAUCCUGAAGCUGUGGUGAAGACUGUAGUUAAAGACGAGCUGAUCAUAAGCUUGCUUACCGAGGCAAGAAAAAAGGCAGAGAGCAAGAAUCCUGGGUCAGUCCUUAUAAAGAAGAGACAGAGACAGUCUAAUAGCAGUGACAAUAAAGGCGCGAACACAAGUUUUAUCAGAAACAUCAAGCAGAAAGUACAAGGUGGAGCUGGUGAGAUUAAUAUUGAUCCAGUUAAAAACUCAACCCAGUCGACACCAAAGAUCAUCAGGGGUUCGAGUGUUCCCACACAGCAUGCAGAUUCGUUGUUGGAUUCUUCCAUGGACGGAAAAAUCCAGAGAGGUGGAAAAAAUGUAAGUGGCUCAUUGAUAUCAUUAUCCAUAAGUGAGUUGAAGAAGAAGACAGGCAAGGAAUUAAGAAGCAUAGCGAAGGAUCUGAAAGUACAACAUUACUAUAAGCUCAAGAAAGAAGAUCUGCUUCAACGGAUAACCAAUCAACUAAACCCCCAGUUAGCCGAUUGUACAAAGCAGAGAAUGGAGUCAUAACCGAUCUCAGUGGUAUAGUUAACAUUAGGCCUUACACAACAGUCCUUCUCUUUUGUUUCUUUGUCUCUAUGGUACAACCACUAGCUUGAGUAAUCAUACGGAGGUUGCUUGGCUUUAGAGUGCAGCGUUUCAAAUUAGUCUAAAGUAGAAUGCUUAUUGAGAUAAUGAAGUUGAUAUUUGCUUAGUAACUAAAAUCUGUG